CACGUCACAGUCUCCAGGCCCGGGGACCCGCGGCUCCGCCCCUCCCACCCCCGCCGGAGCGCUGGGCACGGAUCUAAGACUCACCGGCCCCAGCCCAGGGCCAGCCCAGUCGCCGCCGCCCGCCCACAAAGCCACAGGCAGGUGCAGGCGCUGCUUAGGGGCGAGCGGGCUGAGCGGAGCCGUUAGCGCGCGCCGUCCGUCCGUGCGUCCAAGCCGUCCGCGCGUCCGUCGAGGCAUCCCUCCGUCUGCGCGCGCGGCAGCUCCCACCCAGGCCCGGCGGCCACGGCCCGUCGUCUUCCCGCACCCUGAGCCGCCCGGCAGAGCCGGCCUUGGCGCGGCAGCCAUGUCCAUGGGCCUGGAGAUCACGGGCACCUCGCUGGCCGUGAUGGGCUGGCUGAGCACCAUCGUGUGCUGCGCGCUGCCCAUGUGGCGCGUGACGGCCUUCAUCGGCAGCAGCAUCAUCACGGCGCAGAUCACCUGGGAGGGCCUGUGGAUGAACUGCGUGGUGCAGAGCACCGGCCAGAUGCAGUGCAAGGUAUACGACUCGCUGCUGGCGCUGCCGCAGGACCUGCAGGCGGCCCGCGCCCUCAUCGUCGUCGCCAUCCUGCUGGCCGCCUUCGGGCUCCUCGUGGCGCUGGUGGGCGCCCAGUGCACCAACUGCGUGCAGGACGACACGGCCAAGGCCAAGAUCACCAUCGUGGCGGGAGUGCUCUUCCUGCUGGCCGCCUUGCUCACGCUGGUGCCGGUGUCCUGGUCGGCCAACACCAUCAUCCGGGACUUCUACAACCCUCUGGUGCCGGAGGCGCAGAAGCGUGAGAUGGGCGCGGGCCUGUACGUGGGCUGGGCGGCCGCGGCGCUGCAGCUGCUGGGGGGCGCGCUGCUCUGCUGCUCCUGCCCGCCGCGCGAGAAGAAGUACGCGCCCACCAAGAUCGUCUACUCCGCGCCCCGCUCCGCCGGCCCGGGCACUAGCACAGCCUACGACCGCAAGGACUACGUCUGAGGGGCGGCCGCGGGGAGACCCCACCACCCCACGGGCGAGAGCGCCCACCGGUGCCGCGUGCGGCCUCUCCUCGGAGACCAGCCCCCCCUCCCCCCAGGUGCCAGGAGCUCUCACACUGGACCGGGAGGGACCAACCCCGCGGCCCCUUCCUGGGCAGCACACCCCGCUCCCCGGCCCCACGGCGCGCGGGGGACCAGCCCACACGGACAGUGAAACCUCAGCCCCUCCGGAGAGCGGGGCCGGGUGGCCGCCGCUACUUGCCCGCCCCGUCGGGCCUCGGUCCCAAAGCCCGCGUUGGGCAGGGACCGGCAGUCUUGGAAAGGGCCAGUUGAUAUUUUUCAAUAAAAGCCUUUCGUUUUUGCAGUUA